AAAAAACAAAUUUAUUGAAUACUAAUCAAUAAUCCGUUAAAAAAUCGUAAAAAAUUUAAACCCCUUUCCCAAAGCUGGGAAACCCAUUUUCACCCUAAAUCCCUAAAAUCAAACAGCUUUCCUUUUCUCCCCUCCCUCUCUCGCCGAUUCCCCCCUCCCACCUCCCCUCUCAGCUCACCGGCCGGCCGGUUUCCCCUCCACCGUCGGAAAUGGAUAUGAGACCAUGCCCAAAGGUCCACUCUUUGCUGCUGAGGAAAGAAAGUGAAGAAGCCAAGGCAAAAGGUGUUGAUAACUAUGACAGAGAAUUGGAGGAUGCCAUUGAUAGACUCAUUGUCGAGUGUGAUAGGAAAAUUGGCAGAACUCUGAAGCAUCUUGAAGAUGAGGAUGCAAAAGCUGCUGUUGCAAUAUCAGUUUCUGAGGUUACACAGCUGAGGCCAAUACUUGAGCUGUUGAAGCAGAUAAAGGAGAAACUGAAAGAAGUUGAUCAACAUGAUCUUGAAGGCAAGACAGAUCUUAAGAUUUGAGCUCUGGAAGAAGUAAAGGAGCUUUGAACUAAAAGAGCAGACAAUCAAUACUACUGCAUUCAAGAAAGAAAAAGCAUCCCUGCUCAACUCCUACCAAAUCCUCUGCCAUUGGCACCUUUGCCUGUGCUUGCACCUAAUCCUCAUACACAGGAGAUGAUAAAUGAGAAGCUAAAGAAAGCAGAAGAUCUUGGUGAGAAUAGAAUGGUGGAUGAAGGUCAAAAAGCAUUGGAAGAGGCUGAAGAACUUAAGAAGGUUUUCAAUUUCCGGUAACACAGAGGAAGCGGCUGAGCGAGCAAGUGAGAAAUCCAUCUUUAGCUGGGUUGCAGGGGCCCACAGUAUGUCUAGUUUUUUGCAAGCAUGAUGAAAAGGUGGCUGUUGACUGCUAUGCCAUGGUCAUAUUCUUACCAUAGUUCACUGGAACAACAGAUGACUAGUAGCAUGGUUGAUGAUGGAGCAGCUUUGGUUCUGUUGGUGCAAUGGGUUGAGUAUUUUUUGUUAUAGAUUUUAUUUCUUGUUAUAGAUUUGUUGAGUAUUUUUUGACAAUCAACAUAUAUGUAUUUUUUGCAUUUUUAUUUA